ACGUCAGGUGCGCGCGUGGCUCCCGCUGCGCAGGGACAGCUGUGUUUCUGAAGGCGGCGGGCGAGCGGACGGACGUGGGGUGCUGGUGGCCCGCCGCGUCACUCUGCGGGAGCAGCCGCCGCCGCCUCGCACCACUGCACCAUGUCUGGCCAGCUGGAGCGUUGCGAGCGCGAGUGGCACGAGCUUGAGGGACAAUUUCAGGAAUUGCAGGAAACUCAUAGGGUCUACAAGCAGAAGCUGGAGGAGCUGACGGCACUCCAGACUUUGUGUAGCAGCUCCAUCCACAAGCAGAAGACACGACUGAAGGACCUGAAACACUCCCUCCAGAGGUACAAGCGCCAUGCCGGUCAGGAGGAGGCAGAGCUCGUUCAGCAGCUGGGCGCCAACAUCAAGGAGCGGCAGAAUGCCUUCUUUGACAUGGAGGCCUACCUGCCCAAAAAGAACGGGCUCUACUUAAAUCUGGUCCUCGGCAACGUGAACGUGACCCUUCUUAGCAACCAGGCCAAAUUUGCCUACAAGGAUGAGUAUGAGAAGUUCAAGCUCUACCUGACCAUCAUUCUGCUUCUGGGUGCUGUGGCGUGUCGAUUCUUCCUUCACUACAGGGUGACAGACGAAAUCUUUAACUUCCUGCUCGUGUGGUAUUACUGUACCCUGACCAUCCGGGAGAGUAUUCUCAUCAGCAACGGCUCAAGAAUUAAAGGCUGGUGGGUGUCUCACCACUACGUGUCCACAUUCCUGUCUGGCGUGAUGCUAACCUGGCCUAACGGACUCAUUUAUCAGAAGUUUCGCAAUCAGUUUUUAGCGUUUUCCAUUUUUCAGAGCUGUGUGCAGUUCCUGCAAUAUUACUACCAGAGGGGCUGCCUCUACCGGCUGAGGGCUCUAGGGGAGAGGAAUCAUCUGGACCUCACGGUGGAAGGAUUCCAGUCCUGGAUGUGGCGGGGCCUCACCUUCCUUCUGCCUUUUCUGUUCUGUGGCCACUUCUGGCAGCUCUACAAUGCAGUGACGCUGUUUGAGCUCUCCAGCCACGAGGAAUGCAGAGAAUGGCAGGUGUUCAUGUUGGCGCUCACAUUCCUGGUCCUCUUCCUCGGCAAUUUCCUGACCACACUGAAAGUCGUCCACACCAAACUCCAGAAGAACAGAAACAAGGCCAAGAAGCCGUGAGCCACGGACCAUGCCCCUCGAUCCCCCAGACUUUGAGACUGCAGGGGGAUCCCAGUCGGCACCCUGGCUGCCGACUUCCUCCCAGCAGUGCCAGUGGCCCCUGGCAGCAGUGACCUCAGGGGCCAGCGGCCUCGCAGGGAGCAGGGCCGAGGCCCUAGCCCCCGGCUGAACCAGAAGAAUGUGAGCCCUGCCUGUCUGCCCAGCCUUUCUAUUUAUGACAUAUUUAAUAUCCGGUCCUCCCCUCCUCCCCAGACUCUCCGACCUUCCCCUGCUGCUCUUGGCCAGACGGGGAAGCUAAGCCUUAGGGAGCCUCUCUGUCUCCACUCCCAUCAUAUGAGCACCUCAGGGUGGGAUGUGGACGUGCCUCCUGGGGUUGGACUUGUGACCUGCUACUUACAGAUCCCAGGUGGGAGUGGAAGGAAGCCCCUGGGCAUCCUGUGGAGCCUCCCUCGGGCACACUGUUUCUGCUGUAAGCUCCCACCUCCCCCGGCCUCCGCUCUUGUGGGGCCGGUAUUUAAGUUCUCGGAGAAC